CAUUCAUCCUCCCCAUCAUAGAGAAGAAACAAAUAGGUGGCGUUUCUCUGUUGAAGUACAGUUUACUCCUCCAACCGCGAGAGUACAAGUCACUUUGAGCGAUACAUAAAAGACCGGAUACUUCUCUCACGAUAUUUGGAGAGUUAGAAAGAUGGGGAAACACAACAGCAAGCUUGCUCCUGAGGUGCUAGAUGACUUGACCAAGAGUACAGAGUUCAACGAAGCUGAGCUGAAGCAGUGGUAUAAGGGGUUCCUGAAGGACUGUCCAUCUGGCAUCCUCAAUCUGGAUGAGUUCCAGCAACUCUAUGUCAAGUUCUUUCCUUAUGGCGACGCUUCAAAAUUUGCCCAGCAUGCCUUUCGGACAUUUGACAAAAACGGUGACGGUACAAUUGACUUCAGGGAGUUCAUCUGCGCACUCUCCAUCACUUCCAGGGGAAGCUUUGAACAGAAACUCAACUGGGCCUUCAACAUGUACGACCUGGACGGAGAUGGCAAGAUCACACGUAUGGAAAUGCUGGAGAUCAUUGAGGCAAUCUAUAAGAUGGUUGGCACAGUGAUCAUGAUGCGUAUGAAUGAGGACGGGCUGACCCCACAGCAGCGUGUGGACAAAAUCUUCAGCAAGAUGGACAAGGAUCACAACGACGAGAUCACGCUGGAGGAGUUCAAAGAAGCGGCCAAGAGCGACCCCUCCAUUGUUCUUUUAUUGCAGUGUGACAUGCAGAAACUGAAAAUGACAGAACAGCAACAUGCAUAGUUACAGGUUGUGCCAGAGGAAGAGUAUUACAGAAUGUAUUGUAGAAAACACAGAGAGUUCAGGCAGGACUGAAUCCUUUGACAUUUGUGGAUGCCUUUAGAUGCAGCGCUUUACCCCACUA